AUGAUCAAAAUUAAUGUAACACUUGGUGUUACAUGGACAAUAAUCUCCUUUGGAUUUUUUCUAUGUUGUCGUUAUUUAAUACGUCCAUUAACUUAUUAUCGAUUAGCAACAAAUAAACAAGAUAAUCAAAUAAUUAUUUCUCCACCUGUUCGAUCAUGGUUUACUUAUACGAAUGAAGCACGAUGGCAACGAUUAAAUUUAUUAAUUAGUUGGCUACAUGCUCUGAUAACCGGUGUACUUGUUCUGUAUUGUUUUUUAGCAUAUUCAGGAUUACGUAAUGAUUUUGUACAACAUGUUAAUUUUGUAACAUAUAUAACAUGUUCUUUGUCAUUCGGUUAUUUUUGUUAUGAUUUAUGUGAUGUACUUUCAAAUCGACGAGGAGCUGAUUUAUUAGAAAUUAUAUUACAUCAUGCUGUUGUAUUGAUAUUUUUUGGUUGGAAUAUAAUUUGUAUACGAAAUAUUGGUUAUCAAAUGUUUGCAUUAUUGGCUGAAGUAAAUUCCAUAUUUUUACAUGCUCGAAAAUUAUUCUAUUUAUUUCAUAUACCAAAAGAGAAUUUUUUUGUUCGUUUAAAUAUGAUUUUAAAUAUUUUCACAUUCUUUUUUUGUCGUCUUUGUAUGUUAGUUUUUGUCACUAUAUUUGUCUAUCAUGAUCGUUAUCGUGUUGGAGAUUAUUAUUAUUUAUUUGUAUCAUUUAUUCUUAUUCCAGUAAUGUGGAUUAUAAACCCCAUACUUUUCUAUCGCGUCCUACAUACAGAUUUUUUAAAGCAAUAUAGAGCACAUAAAAUAAAGUCAUAG